CCCCAGCUAUGUGCACAGCCUGAGCUGCGGUUUGAAAUGAAGUGGAAGGAGACAGCUGCCUCUCCCUGCUCUUCACUGAUCUGAGACCGGGAAGAGGGGAGGAACACUGCAGAAACUUUCUAGGAUCCUGCCAGGAAAGUGUUAAGAAGCGUAAAAAGGAGGAAGGAUCCUACAAGGGAGCCGCUGAUGGAUUGUCUCUUUUCUUGACCCACUGCACACUUACCUUGGGGGCCACUUUUGUUGCAAUUUACAUAGCUGUAUGGAUUAUGGGAUUCUAACCAUGACUCAGAUAGCUGAUCAGCUUCCCUGGAUUUCGCUGACGACACAGGAAAGCUUUGCCUGAAGAUGGAAACACUGGAGUCGGAACUGACCUGCCCUAUCUGUCUGGAGUUGUUUGAAGACCCACUGCUACUACCUUGUGCUCACAGCCUCUGUUUCAACUGCGCGCAUCGCAUCCUGGUCUCCCACUGUGCCAACAACGAAUCCGUGGAAUCUAUUAACGCCUUCCAGUGCCCCACCUGCCGUUAUGUCAUCACACUCAGCAAGCGUGGCUUAGAAGGACUCAAGCGGAACGUGACUUUGCAGAACAUCAUCGACAGAUUUCAGAAAGCAUCCGUGAGCGUGCCCAAUUCCCCGAGUGAAAAGCGGAGAGAGAGGGCUUACGACACCAAUAACAGCAUGACAUCCAGCGAGAAAGUCCCUUGCCAGUUCUGUGACCAGGACCAGGCACGGGAGGCCGUAAAAACCUGUGUCACCUGCGAAGUGUCCUAUUGUGAUGACUGUUUGAAGGCAACGCACCCAAACAAGAAACCAUUUACUGGUCAUCGUUUAAUUGAGCCCAUCCCAGACUCGCACAUUCGAGGGUUAAUGUGUCUGGAGCACGAGGAUGAGAAAGUGAACAUGUAUUGUGUGACAGAUGACCAGCUAAUUUGUGCCUUGUGUAAAUUGGUUGGACGACACCGAGAUCAUCAGGUGGCAGCCCUUGCAGACAGAUACGACAAACUGAAGCAAAGCCUGGAAAGCAAUCUAACAAGUCUCAUCAAGAGGAACACUGAAAUGGAAAUGCUGUUGGCCAAGCUUAUUCAGACCUGUCAACAUGUGGAGGUGAAUGCAUCCAGACAAGAGGCCAAAUUGAUGGAAGAGAGCGACCAACUCAUUGAAAUUAUUCAGCAGAGACGUCAGCUUAUCGGAACAAAAAUUAAAGAAGGAAAGGUCGUGAGGUUGAGAAAGUUGGCCCAGCAGAUAGCGAACUGCAAACAGUGCAUAGAGCGCUCUACCUCACUUAUUUCGCAGGCCGAGCAAUCUUUAAAAGAGAAUGAUCAUGCUCGCUUCCUUCAGUCUGCCAAGAGCAUCACAGAGAGAGUAUCAAUGGCAACCGCAUCCUCUCAAGUGCUUAUUCCAGAAAUCAACCUCAAUGAUACGUUUGACACUUUUGCAUUAGAUUUUUCCAGAGAGAAGAAAAUGUUAGAAUGUCUUGAUUAUCUAACAGCACCAAGUCCCCCGGUUAUAAGGGAGGAACUCUGCACUGCUUCAUAUGACACCAUUACCGUACAUUGGACAUCAGACGAUGAAUUUAGUGUUGUUUCGUAUGAACUGCAAUAUACCAUCUUUACCGGACAAGCAAAUGUAGUCAGUUUGUGUAACUCUGCCGACAGCUGGAUGAUUGUUCCCAAUAUCAAACAGAACCACUAUACGGUGCAUGGUCUACAAAGCGGUACCAAGUACAUCUUCGUCGUUAAGGCCAUUAAUCAAGCUGGGAGUCGAAACAGUGAACCUGGCAAACUGAAGACAAACAGUCAGCCAUUUAAACUGGAUCCCAAAUCUGCGCACAGGAAACUGAAGGUAUCGCAUGACAAUCUCACAGUAGAAAGGGAUGAGACCUCUUCGAAGAAGAGUCACACGCCGGAGCGUUUUACAAGUCAAGGAAGUUAUGGUGUGGCUGGCAACGUGUUCCUCGAUAGUGGGCGCCACUACUGGGAAGUGGUUAUUAGUGGAAGCACCUGGUAUGCUGUAGGCAUCGCUUACAAAUCUGCCCCCAAGCACGAGUGGAUUGGCAAGAAUUCCGCCUCUUGGGUAUUUUGUCGCUGUAACAACAACUGGGUGGUGAGGCACAACAGCAAAGAAAUCCCCAUAGAGCCCUCUCCGCACCUGCGCCGCAUUGGGAUUUUGCUAGACUACGAUAACGGUUCUCUGGCGUUCUACGACGCGCUGAACUCCAUUCACCUUUACACUUUUGACAUUGCGUUUGCACAACCCGUGUGCCCGACUCUCACAGUCUGGAAUAAGUGCUUAACAAUUUUAACUGGCCUUCCCAUACCCGACCACUUGGACUGCAUGGAGCAAAUGGCAUAAAAACCACAAGAAAUACACAGAAAAAAAACAA